CCACUUAUUUUGUAGCAUACAGUUGGGGAGUCACGAGAAGUUUGACUUAAAAUGACACUGAGGUGAGUGGAGAUGACACAGGUGUAGCUACCUCAUGAAAACGUCUUCGCAGGGAAGAAUUAUAAAGAGACGCGUGUGAGGUUCUUGGCCGCCUACUUUGUUAGCCCACCUGCACUCGGGGUGGCUCGGCUUGUGGAGGAAUCGCUGUGGCUGCUAGCGAAGCACGUUAGCCGCUAAUUCCCGCAGCUAGUGAGCUAGCUAACUAACGUUAGCCGCUUCGCCCGAGUGAAGUGACCAAGUCGCGGUGUGUGAAGAUAACGGCGUCGAGGCUAAUUUUGAAAGGCUGGAUAUAUUCCCGGGAGGGAUCCGUUGCCGGCGGAGGAGGUGUUAUCAACACCGGUGACAACUGCAUUGUUGUGCCGCUCCCCUGCCCUCUUCUCAUUGUUGGCGGAGCGUCCUGACUGCACACCGCUGAGUCUAUGCUAGCAACGGCUGCAGCCAGCUACAGUAAUGUGCCACAUUAGCUAACGAACAUAUCAUAUUUUUUUUUUUUUUGGCCAUUCGUGAGUGGAUACUGUCACCGGUGCUAGCUUUUGGAAACCGACGUGGUUGUAUCAUACGACCGUGACGCCCGUAUAUUAACUGUACUUUAAUGUCGUAUCACCCGACAGCUAAUAGUCCCUCCAGAAGAACCAGACGCGGAGCAUGCAGGAGAAGAAAAGACUACAGAUAAGUAGAUAGGGACGUCGGACACAACCGAGUUAAAUUGGACUGUGUGGUUAGUAUAGGAACAAAAUAGGGGUUGCAUUUGGUGGCCGGACUGAAAGAGAAAGUAAAGGAUGAAGAAGUUUUCCAGAAUGCCAAAGUCCGAGAGCGGCGGGCUCGGAGGGGCGUCCGGCUCCAGCUCCGGAGUCAGCAGCUACUUCGGGAAAGUGUUUGCCGUCGGCCGCUAUCAAGUCACCGUGGAUGAGCUUAUUGCAGAGGGGGGCUUCUCUGUGGUGUUUCUGGCUCGUACGCACAGCGGUGUCCGCUGCGCUCUCAAAAGGAUGUACGUCAACAACGUCCCAGACCUGAAUGUAUACAAGAGAGAGAUCACUAUCAUGAAGGAGCUGUCAGGCCAUAAAAACAUUGUCGGCUACCUGGAUUCUACAAUCAAUGCAGUGUCGGACAGCGUCUGGGAGGUCCUGAUCCUAAUGGAAUACUGUAAAGCGGGUCAGGUGGUGAAGCAGAUGAACCAGCGGUUGAAUGUGGGCUUCAGUGAGGCUGAGGUCCUCCACAUCUUCUGUGACACGUGCGAGGCCGUAGCCCGCCUGCACCAAUGCAAGACACCCGUCAUCCACAGAGACCUCAAGGUGGAAAACAUCCUGCUGAACGACCAGGGAAAUUACGUGCUGUGUGACUUCGGCAGUUCCACUCACAAGAUUUUGCUGCCACAUAAAGAUGGAGUGACGGCCGUAGAGGAUGAAAUUAAGAAGUACACAACCCUUUCAUAUCGAGCGCCAGAGAUGAUUAACUUGUAUGCAGGGAAAGCCAUCACCACUAAGGCUGAUAUAUGGGCACUUGGAUGCUUGUUGUACAAGCUGUGUUUCUUCGCACUUCCAUUUGGGGAGAGUCAGGUUGCCAUAUGUGACGGAACCUUUAUCGUUCCAGAUAACUCCAAAUUCUCCUUCAAGCUGCACUGUUUAAUCAGAUAUAUGCUCGAACCAGACCAGGAGAUGAGACCAGACAUUUACCAAGUGUCCUACUUUGCCUUCAAAUUAGCUGGAAAAGACUGUCCAGUGCCAAAUCUCUUUAACUCUCCCAUCCCUACGUCGCUACCAGAGCCUCUAACAGCUAGUGAGGUCGCAGCUAGGAAAAGCAUGACGAAAGCCAGGAUAACAGACGCUGUGGGCCCGACGGAAACAUCAAUAGCUCCCCGACAGAGGCCAAAAGCGGCAAACAGUAACGUCCUGCCCCUCGCCAACACUGUCACCCCUGUCAAGAUGACUGUGCCUUCAGCACCCGUCAGCAACGGCCAGAAAGCUCCCACCCCUGGCUCUGGGCAGCCAUCCAUGCAGCCCCAGCCCAGCAGUCAGCAACACAGAGUCCUGCAGCAGCUCCAGCCCGGUGACCUGCGUCUACAGCAGCUUCAACAACAACAACAACAACAACAACAUCACCAUCAACAACAACAACAAGCAGUGCAGCAACAACAUGCAAAUGCACAGCAACUCCAAUACAUCCAGUACCAACAGGCUGUGCAGCAGUCCCUCCAGCUUCAGCAGCAGCAGCAGGCCCUCCUCCAGCAGCAGCAGCAGCAGCAGGCCCUCCUCCAGCAGCGGCAGCAGCAGAUGAUGAUGCAGCCCAUGUACCAGCAGCAGGUUGCUCAGGCCCAGGCCCAGGCUCAGUACACAGCUAUGCUGCACCAGUACCAACAGGCUUUUGUCCAGCAGCAGCAACAGCAGCAGCAUCAUCAUCAACAUAAUCAACCUCAGCAGCAGCAGCACCCCGCUCAGCAGCCUCCCCCCUAUAUGUCCUCCCCUCUUGAGUUCCAGAUUCCGCUGGGUUCCUAUAAUGCAACCACGCCCUCUGCUGGAGCUGGGCAGAUGGGGGGGCCGUCCCCUGUGGAUCCCUCAUACACUAACCCCAGUAGAAACCCUCUGCUUGCUUCAGAUGGGCUCAUGCCACCCUCUCACAGCUGCAGCAGUACAGUCACUAACCCCCCCGACAUGUCACGCUGGAACCCUUUCGGAGAGGACAACUUCUCCAAGUUGACCGAGGAGGAGCUGAUCGACCGGGAGUUUGACAUGCUCAGAGCAAACAAGCCAUUGGAGAGAACAGCCAGUGUGGAAACAGACCGAGCGCAGCCUGCUGCCUCCGCCAAGCCCCUGCCACCAGAGGACCUGUUCGGCUCAGUCCCAUUUGUGGCCAGCGCAGGUACCGAUGAGAUAAAGGCUGAGCAGACCAAUGAGGAAGUCAGCAUUCCUGCCCUCAUCCCUGCCACUGCAGAGGAUCUGCAGCCGGCGGUGGCCAAGGAGCACAAACUGGGCAAAAAGAGCAACUGCAGACCAGGUGAAGAUUCUGACAGCGACUUCGAGUCUGACCCACCUUCGCCAAAAAGCAGCGAGGACGAAGAGCCGGAGGAAGAAGAAGGCCUGAACAGUGAGCACAGUGAAGACACUGAGCCAGAGAAUUUAGGACAGAGGCCUCUGCUGAUGGACUCUGAGGAAGAGGGAGAGGAGGAUGAAGACAAGCACAGCUCUGACUCAGACUACGACCCCAGCAGGGUCAAGAACCGCUCAAAGAAAGCUCUGGCCACUAAAGCAGCUUCAGCCGCCACCAGGAGGAGUCCUCAGAAGGAUUCGGCCAUGACUCUGAUCACCCCUCCUGAGUCUCCCAGCGGAGCGAGAGCUGCUCCAGCUGUGGGAUCUGUCGAUGUUUUUGGUUCUGUUCCCUUCCUCGGAGGAACCUCGCCUGUCGGGCCUUCAGAAAGCUCGGACAUCUUUGCCAAAGCGCCUUUCAGGCAAGUCAGCCAUGAGCAGCAAGCUACGGGCGAGUUCGAUGUUUUUACCAAAGCGCCAUUCAACCGGAACCUCUCCAAGUCGGGCAGGAGUGGCAGUGAUGUUCCCAUGGGCCAAACACCGCCCAUUUCCCCUGAGGGCAUUGACAUUUUUGGCUUCUCUCCCUUUCAGCCGGGCCCCACCGCACCGCCUCCCACCACGUCUAGAAGUGCAGAAGACAUCUUUCAGCCGUUUUUUGAGGAGUCGGCCAGCCCUCAGCAGCAGAGGCUGAAACAGCGCAGCCUCCAGAAGCUGUCAUCACGCCAGAGAAAAACCAAGCAGGAGGCCACAGCAGGCGGCAGCAAUGGCAAACGCCACCACAGUACGCCGACCGGAGGCCGCAAGACCAACAAGCCAACUUACCGCACACCUGAGCGAGUCCGCAGACACAAGAAGGUUGGCCGGAGAGACUCGCAGAGCAGCAACGAGUUCCUUAGCACCUCUGACUCUAAAGAGAACAUCAGUGUUGAUAUAACCAUGGCUGAAGGGAAAGACAAAGGUGCUUCCCUGCCGGUAGAAGAGGCCCUUUUAGACCCGUUUGGAGCCAAACCUUUCCAUCCUCUCGAUGGCAGCCGACACGGCCAGUAUCAAGGACUCGCUGACGGCAAGAGUGAGUUGGGCACAGCCAAUGGCAAGUCCUGGACCGGCCCCCUUCACGGCGCUCUAGGAACCAGCAGCAUGGAUGAUUUCGGGGCGGUGCCCUUCACAGAAACGGUCAGCCACAGGGGACCUCAGCAGCAACAGCCACCAACGCCCUCACAGCCGGUGGACCUCGACCCGUUUGGAGCUGCACCUUUUCCCACAAAGCAGUGACUUUUUUUCUUGUGUCUUCUCACUCUGCCAGUUGCUGAUUAAUAACCCCUGAGCUUUUUUUUCAUCUUCAACCAAUCAACGAGCUAACGAUGUCCUAACACUUCUUUUUUUAAAGAACAUUUUAAUACAUCUCUCUGUUUGAAUACCUAAAAACCUAAAUCCUGUGGAGUGUGAGUGAUGUUUCCACAUAUCUUUUAGCUGUACCUGUUUGCUGAGAAGCCUUUUAUGCUGCAUCUUAACGCUUGUAAAGACAUUUGAACCGGAACGGAAAACUCACUCAAAUCGUACUGUGAUUAUAAGCUUAAUGUUUGACCGCUUGACUCGCUGCAAAAAGCUCUUUAUGGCUUGCCUUCUGAUCUACCAAUAUGUUUUUUAGCACCACAAAGCCUUACCUGAGCUGGGCUCUGCCUUGCUGCACAGUACCUCGGAAACCACGACACAGGCGGCCCAGUUGGCCUUUCAUGUCCGCGGAAUCGUUCGGGAGUUGACCUUAACCACUUUGUUUUAUCCUUAUUAGAUCUUUCUCUAGUUCUUUCUCUAUACAUCAUUUCACAGUAGUCUUUACGCAACCAAAUGUGGCUGUGAUAUGUGUUGCAUUACACUUUAAAUACUAGAAGGGAUCAAAUUAUUGUACUUCCUUUAAAAGUUGUUAAUUGGGUAUGGUUUAAUUUUAGGCUCUGACCUGUUUUAACUUUUUUUCAGUACAGUAAACAUCUAGGUAAGAAAUGUUAAUUUUCUAUUUUGUUAAGUUUUAACUCAACACAUUCUGUUAGAAAUAAGAAAAUAAACACAAAGCCAAAUUUAGAUCACCAGAUUUUGACCCCUUCAAAAACUCACAAGCUGUACCGCCAUUUUCUCAGCAAUGUAAAGCCGUGUUUCCUCCAAACAGUCCAGUUCAGUUCGUUACACAUUAAAAUGGUUAUUUUUGCGUCUCCAUUAUCAAAUGUUGGGGAUGGUACCAAUAGAAUCGCUCCUUACUGCCCCAUUUUUAUCGUUGCCCUUUUGUUAACAAAUCAAGCACGAUGAUCCAAUACUAAAAGGUGUAGCUAGUAAAACUGCAGUCCAUUGAUUGGUGCAGAUGUUCCUCUGCAUCACUGGUAAAGAGGAAAUACAGCGAUGGAGCAGUGAGGAAAUGUAAAAACUAUAAAUAACGCGCUACUUCCAGGGUUGAUGCGUCUGUAACCAUCUGGUAACAACAAUGCCUACAUAUACUGUAAGAAUACUGUCUGCGGUGGAAACGCAAAACAGAUCUAAUUAUUAGGUACAUGUCUGUAUGAGUUUAAAUAUACCGAUGGAAACACGGCUGAAGUGCUCCUAACAUUUUCAGAAUAAUUUAUGCUUAAGAAUAAAUGGGAAUCGUACGAUUAGUUAAAGGAAAAGGCUGGCCGUAUUGUAUAUACUUUGUUUUUCUUAACAAAUCCCAGGAAAAGACCAAAACCAACAUUUUCUGACUUCCUGUCUGUGGCACCCCAAGCACAUUGGUUCCCAUUGAAUAAGCACAUUUUUAAAGGAAUGGUUCGAUGUUUUGUGAAAUAUAGUUAUUCACUUUCUUGCUGAGGGAUGGUUUCGAAGAUUGGUACCACUCUUAUAUCUGUAAAGCUACAGUCAAGAGACUGGUAGCUUAGCUUAGCAUAAAGACUGGAAACGGGGAACAUGGCUAGCCUGGCUGUAUCCAACUGUACCAAAAUCUGCCCGCCAGCACAUGUAAAGCUUAGUAAUCAGUGUAAAGUGGUGUUGUUUUUACAGGGGGUUAUGUAAGAGACUAUUUCUUGGCCUGGAGUAGCGACAUCCUCGGGUCCCUCUGGUUUCCUGGAAACUUCAUGGUCACGUUAAGACUCGGCCAUGAAAGGUGCUGGUGGAUUUUGUUACCUUUGACAGAGCCAGGCUAGCUGAUUCCCCCGUCCUUCCAGUCUUUAUGCUAAGCUAAGCUGCUGCCGGCUCAGGCUUCACAAUGAAAGGGAUAGAUGUGAGAGUAUCGAUCAUCCCAUCAAACUCUCAGUAAGGAAGCAUAUACAUUUUUUUCCCCCCCAAACAUGUCAAAUCUAUUCCUUUAAAAAAAACACUACAAAUAUAUAAUUUGAUUAACAAAAGGUUCAGUUGUUUCUAAAAGAGUUGGGCACUAUAGUUUUUAAUCAAAUGUUUUUCAAACAGGACUAAAUAGUGCAUUGGUUGGGGACUACUUUCAGCAGCGGAUUAAUCUACAUUUGGUGCUCUAGUGAGUAUUUGGGGCAGCAGGACGGUGUAUGCGGGAUUGAGUCAAAAUAAAGUAGAAAGAGGAAUAUCAGGCUGGAUACACAGGCUCGUUAGUAGGAUCAGAAAGUAGUUUACUACUUUUGGUCUUUUCCUGUUAUUUGUUGACAAUAACAAUAAGGAAUACGACCGGUUAUUCUUUAACGCAGAAUGUGAAUUGGCGUAUUCAUAAAGCGAAACAAAAUUCAACACCCACUGAGAAAUCUGUGAUGUGUCAUCAGGUUAUUAGUAUUCAUGAAUGCACUUUUCGGCAUUGAAUUUUCCCAUGAACUAGUUCUCUGUGUGCUCUACGUCGACGGCUUUAAGCACUGCAUUUACCUCCACAACCAUUUGUUUAAAUUAAACCUGCAGGUUGCCGUGUUUUCACCAGUGGAACCGUUUGAUACAACUUUGUUUUUUCUUCACAAGGUUAAAUCUGAUAUUGUAUUUAUCAUGCUAUACUGCUGUUUGAUGCAAUAAAAAAAAGAGUCCUCUCAGU